AUGAUCCCUGAUGAACAGGUUCUGAGAUCAGCGUCCGGUGGCCUGGCCCUAGAAGGAAUGUACAAAACUGGAAAGCUGGACGACCUGCUGCAGAAAAGGCAUCAACUGCUUGAAGUGCCAGAUUCAUUCAGGCUUCAUGGUCCUGGGCACAGGUAUUUUUAUGAGAAAAAGGAAUUCAAUUCCCGGGAAUCUCAAACAACGUUUCAGAAGGUCAUAGAAAAACUGGGUGUAAGUUUCAGCCUUUCAAGGAAAAGUCUUAAGGUUUUAGGUUUAGAAUUUGAGGUCAAAACUGAAUAUGAACAUUCUGAAGAAAAGAGAAACAAAUCUUCUUCUGAACACACAUACAUUUUAAACACACAAUAUAACUAUGUACCACUGGCCUCCUGCUUCAUUGAGAAAGAUAAACUGAAGUUGUGCCACUUUGCCUUGAAUGAGCUGAAAAAAAUUGAAUCAGUUUUGCUGAAUGUAAAUGAGAAGAACCCUCAGUUGCAAAAGGAGGUUGUUAGUUUCUUUCAGACUUUUGGUUCACAUGUAAAUCAAGGUCCUCUUCACUUUGGGGGGAUAUUCUGGUGGACAGCCUCAGCAGAGGGCUUUAGCAACAGUGAGCUGUCAGAAGUGAAGAGUCUAAUAUCUACUGCUUUGAGUGCAUAUGCUGGAUUUGGGUCCAUUCUUGCAGGUUCGGGUGGGAUGAGCACUUCUCUCUCUUACUGCAAAGCCUCCUUUGAAGGGGAAUAUAGUGCCAGUCUUCUCAGUAAAGUUCAGCUUUCUGUCAGCAAGUCCGGAGGACCAGCCCAAACCGAUAAUCCCCUGGAAUGGAAAACAGGUCUGGUGACUUCCAACAAAAGUUGGUGUGUGAUUGACAGGGGAGAUACCCUGGUUCCAGUUUGGGACAUCAUCCUGUCUUCCCACAGAGACGAAUUUGAGAAUGCGCACAAACUCAGCAAAUUCAUCCAGGAAGCAUAUACAGGGAUCACGAAACAGGAUGCAAAAUCUAUGUGGGGACAGAAUGUGCUAUCAGCAGUGAUGGAAGCUCAGGAAAUGAUCCGGAACAAACAGGGAAUUUCCCCAGAAGACAAAGAAAGACGGCUGAAAUUCUUUACAUCAAAAGCUGGGAACAUUUCAUAUGUUUCUAAACUGAUUGAUGAUGCACAUAAACACAAGGACUGGACAAAACUAGAGCGGGAACUCAACAUGAUUAUCAAUGAGACACGCCAAUCAGAAGAGGAACAUAUACGGCUGAGGAAGAUUCAGGCCGUGGAUGACUGGAAGGUCGAUAAAUGUAAGGGUUUACUCCAGAGACUGGGACUAUGGGAGUCAUACCUCAGGAAGAUAAAAAUGGAAGAUGUCCUCCUCGUAAGUAACAUAUCAAGUGCAAAUCAGAACACACUGGGAAAAAGCUUGUAUCAACAGUAUAUUUACAAGCUCAUGAUGCUGGACUGCAGCGCCAGAUAUUUGUGUUUGAAAGCGACUGAAUCGUCAGGGUCUCAACCACACACUGCUGAAGAUGCAUGUAGCAGUGAUAGUGAUAGUGAUAGUGAUGGUGAUAGUGAUAUUGAUUCAACUGUCCACCCCAUGGAUAUUCAUAUGGCAGUUUUCCAUUGUUCAGAUGAUUUUGUGAGGCAGUACAUUUUUUCCAAACUCUCCACAUGUCAGUUUGCUUUACCUCUCCUGGUACCAAACCCCUUCACGGGUGAAAUAGAGUUCCCUGUGUGGGCACUUCGACAAAUCAAAAAGACCUGGCAGAAUAAACAGCAGCCUAUCUUCAGUGCACAGGUACCUAUUGUGUCCUUUGUGAGGCUGGGGAAAUCCUCAAACUCAAAAUCUCACAUCCUGAGCAACAUCAUCAGCCAACGCAAACACCCAGUGUUUUUCAACAGACAAUGUAAAGGAAGCGUGAGGCACUGUCUCCUUAUGGAUGGGGUUGUGGAAAUCACUUGGUACUGUCCAGGAUCCAAUGAGGGAGACAUUUUUGACAACUGUGUAGCUUUUGUGAAUCUCCAUGGCGAUGCCAGCCAUCACCCCAGACAGCUCCGAUUUCUGCAGGAAGUGAGUGCUUCCACUGUACUACUUCUGUCAGAGAGCCCCCUGGAGGAGGAAGCAAGUAAGACUUUCAAAGAGCUAGAAAGCUCUCCAACGCUAAUUACGCUCCUCUCUGCUAAAAAAAAAAUUGGACGAAGUCAGACCAAUGUUAAAAUUGCAGCAAAGAACAGAAGUGAAGCUGAACUAACUGAAGAAAUCAUCUCCAGUGUCAAACAGUGCCUUUCAACUAAAUUAGAGCGGCCUAGCUUAGCAGCUUGCUUGGAGGUUGCCAGAAAGAACCAGUUCAGAAUUGAUGAGGACAAUGAACAAUGUAAGGAGGGAAAAGAGCUGGCUCAGCAUAUGAUGAGUUUGCUUAAGGGAGAGAAGAGAGAAGGCAGAAAGGAGGAAGAGGAAUUGAUGAACUUAAAAGGGAGGCAUUUGCCUUUGCAAGGUGAACUGUGGGAGAAUUGGUGCAGGAAGGACAAGCAGCAAUACCAUCUGCACAGCACCAGUGAGAGAAGCAACGAGAUGGUAUUGAGUGACAUAAGAUCUGGGAAACAAGCCAUUCGUGUGGAACAACUGAAUAAGGCUUUCCAGCUCAGUGGUUUCAUGAAGUCAUUUCUGCAGUGCUUGCACCAGCCAGAAGAAAAUAAGUCCCUCUAUAUGUUACAGUGGCUUCAUACAUUUCUGGAAGAAUACACCACUGGCACACAUGCCAAACUCCAGGAGAAGUACCACUCAAUAUGGACAGAAAUCCAAGCUAAACCGAAAAGCGAACACAAGGAACUUGUAAAUAAACUUGAAACGGUGUCUGACGAGAUCAUAGGAAUGUCAGUGGGGCUACAGCAUCUUAUGAGAGAACUGGGUCAGCUGUAUGAGGCAGUGCAGUCUGUAGCUGUAAGUGAAGACUUCACCAAUGUACAGUGGGUUGACACUCUUCCCAGAAUUGGAGCAGAGCUGCUGAUGGCAGGAUGCCCUCUGGAGCUCAUGGACGGAGAUGUGGCUCACAUGCCUCUUGACUGGAUCAGGGCUGUUUUUGACACAGUUGUACACAAACUUGGAGACAAAGGGGUAUUUGUCCUCUCUGUCCUGGGUGUUCACAGUUCUGGCAAGUCCACUCUGCUGAACACCAUGUUUGGCCUGCAGUUUCCAGUGAGUGCAGGAAGAUGCACCAGAGGUGCAUUCAUGCAGCUGCUGACCGUUGAUGCAGAGAUGAGGGAACAGCUGCAGUUUGACUUCAUCCUGGUGGUGGACACUGAAGGCCUGCGAUCACCGGAGAUCAGCUCUGAAACCACCCUGGCCCAUGACAACCAGCUGGCCACCUUCAUCAUUGGUGUGGGAAACAUGACUCUCAUCAACAUCAUGGGGGAGAAUCCUUCUGAAAUGCAGGAUAUUCUGCAGAUCUGUGUUCAGGCAUUCAUGAGAAUGACAUCGGUCAAAAUAAAAACAAGCUGCAUAUUUGUGCACCAGAAUGUUGCAGAGACGACAGCUAAUGACAAAAAUAAGGAAGGGAGAAGACGUCUUCAAAAUAGACUUGAUGAAAUGGCUUGCAUUGCAGCAAAAGAGGAGAACUUGGACAUUAAAAGUUUUUGUGAUAUAAUUCAUUUUAAUGUGGACUCACAGGUGUUCUACUUCAAAAAUCUCUUGGAGGGAGACCCCCCCAUGGCGGCUCCUAACCCCUCCUACAGCCAGAACGUUCAGAAGCUGAAGGACAAGCUGCUCUCUAUUGCUGAAUGGCAGCCAGACUGUCGGCUGCCCUCACUGUCUGAGGUCAAAGUACGAAUCCAAGACUUAUGGGAUGCUCUGCUGCGAGAGAACUUUGUUUUCAGUUUCAGGAACACCUUGGAGAUUUCUGCGUACAGUAAGCUAGAAAAGUCUUAUGGGCAAUGGUCAUGGAGCAUGAGAAAGCAUGCUCUAGAGAAACAGCAAACCUGGUGCAACAAAAUAAACAGCAAACAGGUGGAUGAAGUUUACAUGUCAGAUCUUAUAAAGGAAUUUGGUGAGAUCUACAGACAACUGAAAGAUGAGAUUGAAACAUAUUUUACAUGUGAGGAACACCCAGAGAUCCUGGUUAAGUGGAAAGGUGAUGUUGAUAGAAGAUUUGAAACCCUGAAAGACCAGCUCAUUGAAGACACACAGAGGAAGUGCAGGGAUUUGCUCAACAUCAGAAAGUGCGGCUCAGAACUAGAGGGGAUGAAGAUUGGCUACGAGGGAGAAUUGCUCAGGAUGAGUAGGUCUUUAGCCUCAAAACUAAAGGACGAAAAACUGACCAGUGAUCAAAUGAUUCCACACUUUGAUGAACUGUGGACCAAAUGGUCGACAAAAAUAUCCUCUGAGAAAGGUCCGGAAAAUCAAGUCGACAUCCAAGCAGUUGUGGAAGACAUCCUGAACAAUCGAUUUAAAAAGGAAAAAGACAUUGCCCAAAAAAUUCUAAAUCGCAAGGCAAUGGUCUCUUUUCAGUUCCAGGUAGACAAACAUGUUUCGGGUAAAUGGUUAAAUAGGUUUUUGAAAAUGAUAAAUUUUUCAGACACUGCAAAUAUUGAGAAAGAUGGUCAGCGACUUACAGAAGAAAUAACUACUAAUGUACAAAUGUACAUUGACAGGAAGUCAAGAGAAAAUGUGGACUUCAGUGCAAUGUUUGUUCAUGAAAUACUAGAGAGCAUAUCACAGACUUUGGACACAUAUGAAAAAAAAGAGAGCCAAAUAAAGCUCUUAGAGGAGUAUAAAGUUGACAUCUCCAUUUACAUGUGCACAAAGGCAGUCACAACGUUCAACAAAAUGCACACAGAUUUCAAGAGGAAAAAUGAUCUGCUGACCUGCCUCAGUGAGAAAAAGAAGCAAUAUUUCAAGUAUUUUAAAGACUCCUGUGAUGGAGCAACUUCUGUGAAGAUUUUGGCCAAUUUCCUGGGUAACCACCUUGGAUCAGCUAUAAAACAAGCAAUGUACAGCAAAGUCAGCCUUCAGAUUGUGGACAAAAUGAAAAGUAAUUACCCAGCUUUCAGUGGAAACCGAGCUAACCUGGAGGACCACAUACUGAAAGAGCUUGCUGAGAGGGAGAACUUUGACCUGUAUGUGGAGUACCUGGAGCAUCCCAAGGAACACUUUGAAAAGUUCAUCAGACGAAGGGUAGAGGAGUACUGUGGAGACCACAGUUUAACAUCAGAGCUCCUCAAUAGGAACUUGAACAUUUUGGUUGACAAGACUUUGACCGAAAGUUCCAUCGUGACUUCAGAACUGAAAGAGAAAGAUGGCACUAUCUCAAUGUGGCUUGACGAAUUCUGCUCUAAACUUGGGGGUGUUUUCCCCAUCUCAAGAGACAGUUACAGAAACGUUGAAUGCGAAGGCACUGGUGAUCUGUCAUUCCUCCAGGACAUGAUGGCCCAGUCACUUUCAGACAUGCAGGAAAAGGCAAAGGAAGAAAUAAAAACCUCAAGCCUUGACUUUGACAUGUUUGAGAUCUUAUGUUGGAGACCAGAUGACAUUCUAAUUGAGCAGCUCAGUGGGUGCUGGGAGCAGUGUCCCUUCUGUAAAGCCAUCUGUACAAACACCAUGGCUGGCCAUGACACUGACCACAGUGUGAGAUUCCAUCGCUGUGAAGCUGUCGCUGGCUGGAAGUAUCAGCAUACCACUCAGUUUUCAGUUGAAUUUUGCACCACAUCAGUCAGUAGUAAUUUAAGUUUCUCAAACGCUGAAGGUAAAUUUAGACCUCAUAAGGAGUACAGAAAAGCAGGCCCCCCUUAUGACAAAUGGUCAAUCAAGCCAGAUUCUUGUGAAAAAAAGUACUGGAAGUGGUUUGUGUGUGUCUUCAGGAAUAAGCUGCAGGAGAAAUUUGGAUUGAAGUUUGAGGGCAGAGGUAAAAUUCCAGAUGACUGGGAAAAAAUCAGUCAGGACAAAGCUGCUGUGGUGAAAGAACUGGGUGUCUGAAUAUGAAUCCAAGUUCAGACCAGCAAGGAUUCAGCCCAUUGAAGGAUACAGACAGUAACUCCAAAAAUGCCACGUGUACCAGUACCAAUCUAUCCAUCCAUCCAUCCAUCCAUGAUCUGACUCACUUCUUCCUGGACCUCAUCUGAAAUGGCAUACUUUCCUACUAUUGCAUACAUACAAUGUAGGAGAAAAUUCACAGAACAAGGUGUUCUUCCUCUGUUUUAUGACAAAUCAAUCACAAUUCAAAAUCAGACUAAACCGCCAAACCAUUAGAAUUGAGCAAGCUGGUUCCUCCAAAACUCUUAAAGCUUCAGGCCAAGUGCACCAAUAUGUAUGCGGCCUCUAAUCAAUGUAUCACAUGUAUGCUGCCUAUUUACUCAUAUAAUCAAUAUAUAAUCCAAUGAACCUGUAUCAUUAAUUACAGAUAAGCUUAUGGAAAUGCAAGAAACCACAGUGUCAACUGUAGAAAAUGUAAUUCAAUGAACCUAUGUCAUUCAUUACAGAUGAGUUUAUGGAAAUGCAAGAAACCACCAUUAAUCAAAUGUUAAAGUACGAUUAAGUAUGCCUAUAUAUUUUCAAACUGAUUAACUGCUAAUGUGUGCUGGAAGUAUAGUGACCCAUAUGUAACCUGAAUUGAAUAAAAUAAUG